UGUAAUGCGUGCUUUUAAUGCCCAGGUAAAUUUGCUUUUGUGAUUUAGACCCUUUAUACAUCCACAGGUAAACGAAGAGGCAAAAUGGCUGCCGCACCAAAAAUAUAGUUGGUCGAUCCGAUCAAAAUCGUUAAUUAACCAUCCUGGAAAGCAGAAUUAUCUUGAAGACGAUAGAUAAGCAAUAAGGUCGUGAUCGCUUACAAGGUGGACCUGUUAGAGAAAACAUGGCGGCGAAAGUGGGGUGUAUGAAAUACCUGCUGAUUUUCGUCAAUUCUCUGCUGUGGGUGAUCGGUAUUGGUGCUAUAGCUUAUGUCGCCUGGGCUAUGGCGACAACCGGAUCCAUCUUGACAAGUUUUAUGUCGGGGUCUUUGGUUUUUACGUACACGCUGAUAGCACUGGGAGUUCUAAUCUUUAUAAUCGGCACAGUGGGCUGUAUAGGGGCACUUAAAGAAAGCACUUGUUCAAUUAAAUGGUUCAUUGGUUUGCUUAUCGUUCUCAUUUUCCUUGAAGUCGGCGCCGUCAUGUACGUUUAUAUAGAAAAGGACAAGAUUUCAACAUUCAUUGCAUCCAUUUGGAAUGGACUGAAUCAAGAAACCAAAAACCUUGUCCAGAGAGAUCUAAAAUGCUGUGGUUUCAACGGAACAGAAGAAUAUAACAGCAAUGGGCAACUUAAUGUCGAUUCCAGCUGUGUCAACACCACCUCAUCUACUACAACGCCAUCUAGUGUGGACCCCAGUCAACUCUACAAGACAGGAUGCGGAGAAAACAUCUUGCAGUGGCUGAAUAAUAACAGGGUCGUAUGGGCUUGUAUACUUGGCGUUCUGGGUUUACUAGAAUUAGCCGCUAUCAUGGCCGCGAGCAACGUGGCAGCAACGCUUCACGUAAUGCAGAAAGUGAAUGUGUCAAGUGAGCGUGUGACGUCUGCUACGACUUCCACCACAGACGGCACGGAACUGUCGGAAUUAGAUUCCGAUGAUUCCGAGGAACCAUGGGAUCCUUCUCCUGCAUGGAACACGAGAUCUAACAACAAAAAGAAAGGGGUGGCUCCUCAUAGUAAUCAGUUCUCAGUACCAGGACACUCGCCCCCUCCGUACUUCAGCGGGAAGCGCCCGCCGCCUAACGCGCAUAGAAACUAGACAAUCAGGAAAAAUAUUAAAAUGAAAACCAAAAUGAAAAUUAGACUGUAGACUUAUGAAUGGUUGUAAUUUGUGACUAGUGAAACUGUUUACAAGGAUGUGAAACGUUUUUGAUCUCGUUUCUUCAUGGCUGUUUUAUUUUUUAUUAUAUUUUGUUUACCAAUUUAAUAUACAAAGAAAAUAUGCCCACCACAUAAUUUUUGAAUUCUAGGAUGUAAAUAUUUCAACUAGUCUUCCCAAUUGUACAGUAUUACGGCGUUGAGCGCAUAACGUUGUAUAUAAUUGUUAUUUAAAAAAAUUAUCAAUCAAUAUGUAUAUGCUAUUACCGGGGUAUAGGCACUCUGAGCCUCAGAGAUAAGCUUGAAACUUAUCUCUAAACUAUAUAAUAUCCUUGCCGUUACAAGUUUUCUGAAACAAUAAGGGUAUGAUUUAGUGUAGAGGUAAGUUUCAAGAUAUCUCUGUAGUUCAGGGUAGAUAUAGGGGGAACUGUUGAGGCCGGCCUGAGCAUACAUCAUUUAAAAUCCUGUUUUCAUUUUCACGAGAUAUACUGCAUGUAGAUAUUAAAAGAAAGAAAUGUUUUUCAGUAGGAACAGGAUGAAUAUGCUCUUUGAUAGGGCCUAUAGAUGUAUGUAGGCCUAUAUAUAUAUAAGUACCUAUAUUUAGAGAUGAAGUUAAAACAAAUAUUCUAGCUGUAUGUGGGGUAUUGACUAAAAUUGAUUUUCUAUGAAGAUAUUAUGUACAGCACUUUCCAUUUUUGCAUAUAUAAUGUAGAUAUUUGUUUUUUUUUUUUCAGGAGAAAAUGUACAUAAGCCAGAGUUUCAAAUUUAUAAUAUUAUAUUUUUUACAGAAAAGAAUGCCGUCCUCUUCGACAUGUGUG